GCUCGGGGGCACGGAGCGCAGCGCCGAAGUACGGACGGGACGGGGCGGACGGGUCGGGACAGACGGGCGAUGCGGGCUCUGCUGGCGCUGCUGGCGGCCCUGAGCUGCGCGGGGCGGGCGGGGGCCGGCGGCGGCCUCAGCUCCAACGCCAUCAAGGUGGGGGCGGCCGCCAGCGCCGCCCCCGCCGCCGCCGCCCCCGCGCCCUUCGACGGUAGCAACAAGGCGCCGCCGGCCGCCACCCGGCAGCCCUUCCCCUGCUCCGAGGACGAGGACUGCGGCCCCGACGAAUUCUGCGGAGGGGCGGCCCGCGGCGGCGGCCCCCCGCUCUGCCUCGCGUGCAGGAGACGCCGCAAGCGCUGCCUGCGCGACGCCAUGUGCUGCCCGGGCACGGCCUGCAGCAACGGGCUCUGCACGCCCCCGAACCCCCGCCCGGAGCUCCCGAGCUGGACGAGCCCGGCCCCGAGGCGCUGCCCCGACGGACGCCCGCGCCCGCCUGGCCGCCCGACGCCGCGGGCGCCGUCGGAACUCGGCACUGACCUCCCGCCCGCAGGUGAGGAGGGCGACUUCUGCCUGCGCUCGUCGGACUGCGCGGCGGGGCUGUGCUGCGCCCGCCACUUCUGGUCCAAGAUCUGCAAACCCGUGCUGCGCGAGGGGCAGGUGUGCACCCGGCACCGCCGGAAAGGAGCCCACGGCCUCGAGAUCUUCCAGCGCUGCCCCUGCGCCGAGGGCAUGGCGUGCCGCCCGCAGCGCGACCGCGGCGGUCCCGACGCCUCCCGCCUGCACACUUGCCAGCGGCACUGAGCGACGCCGCGGGGCGGACCGAGGAUGGACGGACGGACGGACGGACGGGGGGAUGGACUCUAGCCCCGCUCGUGGGAGCUCCCCGCUGUGCGCACAGCCGGAGCAGAAGGUUGUUUCUCGAGGGAACUAC